AUGACGCAAGAUCCUUACAAUCUCGAUGUAAAACUGCCGCAACAUGAAUUAGAAUUAGUCGAAGAGUCAUAUAAGGAAACUAUUCCAAAACUUGAUUAUGGAACUUGCAUGAAGUGUGAACAGCUGAGAAGUCAUUAUCGAUGGUGUCAGCGAUGUGUGCGUACACAAUGUUAUAAAAAUUUCGCAAAUUGGACUAGCGAUAAUGAAGAAAUUGACAAAUUUCUAAAAUUUUCACAAUUAAAUUCCAUAAGUCCUCAAACCUUUCUUGAAUGGAUUCCUUAUGAAAAACUUGAAAGAAUAAAACAAGUAAGUAUCACAUCUUAUAAAGCGACAAGAAGCACCGUAUAUUCGGCUGAUUGGAUGGAUGGACCAAGAAUUGUGUGGGAUCAGAAAAUUGAAGAAUAUAAAAGGUCCAAAAUCCGGGUACUGGUCAAACUGUACGAUAAAGAUCAGGUCAACGAAAUUUUAAAUGAGCUUAGAAUAUAUUUAGAUUGUUGUACACAAGAUAGUUCUUUAUUAAUUCAAUUUUACGGAAUAUCUAAACAUCCUGAAAACAAUGAAUAUUUUAUUGUGAGGCAAUAUGCUCAGUGUGGUUCAUUACAAGAUUACAUUUUACAAAAUUUUUACAGGUUGGACUGGGAAAUCAAAUUGCAUUUACUUUUCUAUCUUGCCGAGGACUUAAAAGCUUUACAUAACGCGGGAUACGUACAAUGGAAUUUUCAUCCGGCUAAUAUUUUAGUACUCGAUAACAGCUUGUGCGCAAUGGGAACAUUUUCAAACUGUCGUAAAGCUUCUUCAUCGCCAGACGAUGUAGACGUGGUAUUUGAAUGGAGAUCAUAUUUAUCGCCAGAGUAUAUACAAAACAAAUAUCAUACCAAAGCAAGUAACGUAUAUACAUUUGGAAUGAUAAUGUAUACGGUUGGAACUGGACAGAUUCCUUUUGAACCGUUUAAACGAUUUGAAGAUAAUCAAUUCUUGGCUAUUAAUAUUUGCCAGGGAGUUCGUCCAAACAUUUCGGAUGAUGUACCAAGAUGUUUCGGGGAAUUAAUCAAAGAUUGCUGGUGUCCUAACCCAGAUUCACGUCCUGAUAUCUCUCAAGUAUAUUCUUCUUUAUUACAAUGGUGGUCAUCUGUUUAUCAUAAUAAAUGUCUAACUCCAAUAAGUUUAGAAUUUCUUGCUUCAGAUAAUAGGAACUAUUCUAAAUCAGAAUUUCAGGAAAUCAUUCGAAAGCCGGAUAUCAUAAGAACAAAGGACAUAGUUUUUUCGGUGAAAGAUCAAUUAGAACCAUUAGAAUUGAUUAAUCUUUUAGUAGACAAUUAUUUUGUAAAAUUCAUUAAAAAAGAUGAAUUGACAUCAAUGGAACAACUCGAUGAUGGUCAUUUUGGAACCAUCUCAAAAACCAUUUGGAAAAAAACUAACAACGUGGUGGCUUGUAAGAGGAUAAAAGACAUCAAAUCAAUUAACAAUAAGCCCAUCGAAGCCUUUCUUCAUGAAUUAAGCAUGCAUAGAAGACUUGAUUUUUGCCCAAGAAUUAUACGUAUUUUGGGCAUAAGUUUUGGUGAUUUAAAGGUUGAUAAUCAUCCUCCUACAAAUACUAGUGAUCAUUUUGAAG